AAUACAUCAUGAAGCCUGAAGCUUGCUUCUCCUUUCGGCGUUCCAACGUUGGGGAAUCUUCAUUCCCAAGAACAAACAUGGAGAAACAUAAUUCAUCUUUGGUGGAGGAUUUAUCUCACCCAGACUUAGUCUUCAACAUAGGAAAAGUGACUCUUGGUGAAAGAAACAGAAACAAGAUGCAGAAAACUCGGAGAGAGCAAGAGAGAGUGAACAUUCUACAGGCUGCAUGUGCUUUAUUAAACUCAGGAGGAGGAGUGAUUCAGAUGGAAAUGGCAAACGAAGAUGAACAGCCAGUGGAGAUCGGACAGGACUUGGAAGAGGCACUGAGAGACCUUAUUCAAUCUUCAGAUUUGCAGGCUUUCUUCGAAUUCAAGUACCAAGGAAAGUGUUUUUACAUUUUUGUUAAAUCUUGGAGCAGUGCCCCUUCACCUGAAGACAGUUCCCCGAAGCCUCGCAUUUGCAGCCUGAGCUCCUCACUGCGCCGUAGAUCUGGCACUUCUGUGAUCCUCAUGAAGUCAAGAGAGGCGUUUGAUUUCCUAGUAACCAGGAAAAAGAGUGUAAAAUGUAGUCUGAGUCAUGAAGGACUUUCACAGAGUAAAAUUCCCAGAGCUGUACAUCAGAACGUUUUUGAAUCAGAUCUUGCUUUCAAAUUAUUCCAAAGCGACCGACUUAAAUAUGAUGACAUCCUACCUUUUCCUGAGUCUCAAUCUGUAGAGUUUAAGCAGUUCUCUACAAAAAACAUACAAAAAUAUGUAAAAAGCCUAAUUCCAGAGUACAUCCCUGCAUUUGCAAACAGUGGUGGAGGCUAUCUUUUUGUUGGGGUGGAGGAUCAAAGUAGGAAAGUCCUAGGAUGUGCAAAAGACCAGGUUGACUGUGCAUCUUUGGAGACAGCCAUAGCAGAUGCAGUUUCAAAGCUGCCCAUCGUCCAUUUCUGCUCUUCUGAAGCGCAGUUGUCUUAUAGGACCAAAGUCAUAGAUGUGUUUCAUGGGGAAAACUUGUACGGUUAUUGCUUUGCAAUUAAAGUGGAACCAUUCUGUUGUGUGGUGUUCUCAGAAGCUCCCAUUUCAUGGAUGGUGAAUGAUAGGAAAACCAUCUACAGCCUGACGGCUGAGAAAUGGGUAGACAUGAUGAUGUACUCUCCUGGUUCAUGGAUGGUGAAUGAUAGGAAAAACAUCUACAGCCCGACAACUAAGAAAUGGGUAGACAUGAUGGACGCUGAUCCAGAUCUUCUGUGCUUGUCCAAAGACUUUGAAUCUCAGCUGAACCUAUCUAGUGCAUCUCCUCUCAGCAGACCUGUGUACUCCAAGAAAGGCCUGGAACAUAAAGAGGAUCUCCAGAGAAUCUUAUUUUCAGUGCCACGAGAAAAUUUGCGAUACACUCCUGAAUCCGUCUGGAAGGAGCUGUUCUCACAGCAUGAAGGUCUGAAGGCGUUAAUAAGUCAGCAAAUGCAUCCUUUCUCCCAGGGAAUUCUGAUCUUCUCUAGAAGCUGGGCUGUGGACCUGGACUUGCAAGAGAAGCAGGAAGUCAUCUGUGAUGCUCUGCUGAUUGCUCUGAACAGCCCCCCUACCCUCUACACUGUUCUCAGGGAUCAGGAUGCAGAGGGCCAGGCCUACUGCACCCAGACUGCAUUUACUUUGAAACAGAAGCUGGUAAACAUGGGUGGCUACACUGGGAAAGUGUGUGUCAUGACCAAGGUUCUCUGCCUGAGUCCCAGGAGCAAACCAGAGACCACAGAGGGGUCGGGCUGUCUGGUAGAUUAUCCUUCGUCCUAUUACCUUAGAGACACUCAGCAAAUGGAAGCCUUGCUGCAGGCUCUUGUGAUUGUCUUGCUUGGCUUCAGAUCUUUCUUGAGUGACCAGCUUGGCUGUGAGAUUUUAAAUCUGCUCACAGUCCAACAGUAUGAGAUAUUAUCAACAAACCUCCGUAAGAACAGACACUGGUUUGUCCAUGGCUUGCCUGGCUCCGGGAAGACAGUCAUGGCCAUGAAAAUCAUGGAGAAGAUCAGGAAUAUGUUUCACUGUGAGAAAAAUAAUAUUCUCUACAUUUGUGAAAACCAGCCUUUGAAGAACUUUAUCGGGAAUAAACAGAUCUGUGAGGCAGUGACCCGGAAAACCUUCAUGAAGAAGGAGGACUUUAAAGAUAUUCAACACAUCAUUGUGGAUGAAGCUCAGAAUUUCCGCAAAGAAGAUGGGGACUGGUAUGGGAAAGCAAUUGCCAUCACUCAGAGGGAAAAGGAACAUCCAGGAAAUCUCUGGAUCUUUCUGGACUAUUUUCAGACCAGCCACUUGGAUGUUAGUGGUCUCCCUCCUCUCUCAUCCCAGUAUCCAAGAGAAGAGCUCACAAGAGUGGUCCGCAAUGCAGAUCAAAUAGCCCUAUACCUAAAAAAACUGAUGAAGAACAUUAAAAAGAAUCCACCACGUAACAUCCCCCGUAGAUCCUUGGAGAUGCUUCCUGAAGCUGAAUGGGUUCGGGAUGUCCAGGGAAUCUUAAAGAUUCAGAAAAAUUUGACUCAGACUCAAAUCGUGAACUUUGUGGCAGACACCUGCAAGGGGCUGUUUGAAAAGGGGUAUACAUUCAAAGAUAUUGCUGUGCUUGUCAGUACCACAGAAGAAGUGAAUGACUACAAGUAUGACCUCCUAAGGGCGAUGAGGAAGAAAAGGAUGGUGCAGUUCUGCGAUGCAAGUGGCGUAUUGAGCGAUCACAUCGUGUUGGACAGUGUCCGUCGGUUCUCAGGCCUGGAAAGGAACAUUGUGUUUGGGAUCCAUUCAAAGACAGCCGAGCCUCCUAUCUUAAACAAUAUUCUGGCCUGUCUGGCUUCCAGGGCAAAGCAACAGCUCCAUAUUCUGUUUUGUGAUAACUUUUACAAAGAACCUCAACCUGAAAUGGGUUAAGACAACUACUCUGGAGAUAUCUGUGUCUGUUUGGUUUUGCAGAAACUUUUCUCUUUGGUUCACAGGUCAGAUUAGGGCAGAGUUGGGAACUGCUUCUGUCCUGCUUACUCCUUUCAAAGAGAUUAUUUCCAGAACUCUUUCCAAAGACUGUGGUUUCCUCCAGUUCCAUUCUUCCUGUUAGAUAGGUGAUAGCAUUCAAGGGAACUUUAGCUGCCCUGCAGGGUAGACCAGUGUGCCGGAGUUAGGGUGAAAACCAUGAAAACAAGAAACAGCUCCUCUAGCCUAUCUUUCUUUAAAGUCUAGACUUUUUCAUUGUGACUACACAUAGUUUUUGUUUUUUAAAAAUUUAUCCAAUUACCACUUGUUUUCUGAAGAAGGAUAGUCGGUUAAAAAGUCACUUGUUCAUUGUGGAAGCAUAAGUUGUUUCUUGAAUUCUUUUUUUUUUUAUACUAUCAUUUAUUUAUUUUUUGGUUCUGGUGAUUAACCCCAGGGGCACUCUACCACUGAGCUCCAUCCUCAGCCCUUUUUAUUUUUUAUUUGGACUCAGGGUCCGGCUAAGUUGUGCAAGGCAGCCUCAAACUUAUAAUCACACUUCUUCAGCCUCCCAAGUUGCUGAUUACAGAUGUGAGCCAUUGCAUCUGUCCUUCAAUCCUGGGGUCCUCUAACUUCAACAAAAUAGGACAAAUCAGCAAAAUAGGGAGGGAAAUAUUGCUUCUUUCUUAGUGCAUUAAAUCAGAUAUAACUCAGGCCCAUCUCACAGAUCCUGCUUCAUCCCUGGGGUUAUCCAUUUCUCCAAAAAGUCCUGCUUCCUUCAUGGAGAAUGGUAAUAGAAACCAAAAUCUGGACAUUGCCUAUGCUGGUUGCUACUUGUUAGCUUACUUUGUUGUUGCUGGCUUUUUCCACUGUCACUGUAUGUGGCAGCACUGUCCAACCACAUGUAGCAAAUGAUUCCUUGCAGUGUGGCUGGUCCAAAUGGAGAUGUGUAAAUAUGCAUGCAAACUGGAUUCAAAAAUUUGGUAUGAAGAAUGAAAAUAUCCCCUUCAUCAUCCUUUUAUAAUGAUUAUAUGUUCAAAUGAUCAUAUUUUGGAAGUGUUGAGUUAAAUAAGAAAUAGUAUCAAAAGCAAUUGUGCCUGCUUAGCUUCUAAAUUUUUUUAAUGCAGAAAGUUUUAAACUACAUAUGUAGUUUGCAUUAUAUUUCUGUUGAGCAGCACUAGUGUGUGCAUUGUUAAAAAUGAGACUUUUCAAUGCUCGACUAGAGCAGAGGACUCAGUAGGGUGGAGGGAGAAGAGGACUUUGUCCUUCAAGGCACAUAAUGUCUAGGGUUAUUUUUAGUUGUCACAACUUAAGGGGAGUGUUAAUGGUACCUAACGGGUAAAGGCAGGCAUACUGAUAAACACCCUACAAUGUACAGGAUAGCACCCUACAACAAAAAUUUCCCAACCCAAAGUAUCAAAAGGGCUGAGUCUGGCAAAUCCUGAUGUGCCUAGUUCCGUCCCUUAAAUAAGUAUUCCAGGUUGGAGUUCUUCCCUUAUGAUACUUGAGGCCUGAAGGACUGAGGCAUCCUGUUUUGUAUUGCUAGUGAAUUGCUAUUUGGAAUGAAGAGUCCUGGGGGAUCCUGUGACCCCAAUAGGGAUUCUACCUUUCUCAGAUGCUGAAGUAAUAUAGUUGCAAAAGAUUUUUAUUCCUUAUGAAGUGUAGGCAAUGCCAAGGUGAAAUAAAGGAAGUGGUGUCCUUGAAUAAUAGCUUAUCUUUAGAGGCUUAGUGUUUCUUAAACUCUGUGGAAGUAUAUUGAUCCAUUGCAACAUAUUGCUAAGUGCUUAUAUAAAUCUAGUAGUGGGGGUUUCUGAGAUUCUCAGGGGGAAAUAAGAAAUUCAUAUCUAAACGGUUUUAUUCUUUAAAUAAGCUAACUCUUUAAGAAACACUCCAGGCACGGAGAAAAUAAGAAUGUAUAAGCUGAAUGGUCAUUCCCAAGACAUGAGUCUCUAAAACUUGCACAAACAUAUUAAAUGCAUUGGUUAGUCUGAUGAAUCUCUUCAGAACUCUGAAUCUCAUGAUGCUUUCUGGUUAUAAAAAACAAAAACAUUACAAUUGCAAAACUCUUUACUGAACAGUAAAAUCAGAGUAGAAUAAAAAAACAUGAAAAUUAAUAUGAAAAUAAAUAGUAAAGUUUAAACAAUAUUUAUUCCCUCAAAUUUAAGCCAUUCAUCGCUCUAGAAACAUUUUGGUUGAGAUAUAGGAACAUGUGCUUCCAGGAAUGUAAUCCCAGUGCUGAUAAAGAAGACAUCUAAAUUAACUUUUACCUGGAAAUGAAUAGUACUUAAGAAUUUAGGAAUCCUUUCUCUAUUAAGACUUGGAGUGAAGAUUUGGAAGGCUCUGUUGUUAUGUAGUAAAGAUAAAUAGGAAAGAAUCAAAUGUGGUGCUUCUAAUUAAGGAAUUGCCUUUGUGAAAAUUGUUCUCUUAAUUCAAGGAAUACAAAAUGGUGAUUUUCUCUGUGAUGUUCCAAAGUGUGAAUAAAGAUGCAAGGAAGACA